AUGUUCGCCAAAUUGUCCGUUGUUGCUGUUUGUGGUUUGGCCGUGGUUGCGUUCGCAGAGCCACAUGUCCUAACUCCCGUUGGACCUGGCGUUGUGACGGCCCAAAGCUCGCAGGUGUUCGCCAGGACGUACAACGGUAUUGUGCCUUUCCCGGUUCCGGCACCGGUUCCUGCUCCCAUUCCAGCCCCAGCUUUCCAUUUCCACAACCCGGCAUUUGUCCUACCAGCUCCUCCUGCUCCUGUGUUCUAUCCGCAGCCCGUGGUAUACAACCCUCCGCCGACCAUCGUUCCGGUGCCAGUGCCGGUUCCAGCCGUUCCGGCCACUCCGGCGGCCGUCGUACCCACGAUUGUGGCCGCUGCCCCGGCGGCUAAGGUGGUAGCAGCAGCUCCCGUGGCGAAGGUGGCCAAACUCGUGCGACCCCGGCCAUUCCACGCCACCAUCCGGUAUCGCUCGGUUGUUGCCUAA